CCCGGAGGGAAUGAAAUGAAAUGAAAUGAAAUACGGUGGUGCAUCGGGUGUCUUUCACCGGCUGGAGACGACCUGACCACCAUUAACUAAAUUAUUCCUUCCUGAGUUCCUUCAGCAAUCAUAACCUAGCUAGCCAUACGCCCAGAGAGACACAGCCACGCUCCGGUCGGUGUUCUCCGGGGUGAGCCAAUUGCGGGGUAAGCGGGACAGACAGACGGACGGACAUUCUCUUUUAACCCCCCAGUGUUGCAUCUGCUCAAUCCGUCUACUUUCAAGACACAAGCAGUACGCUCGUCAAACAUGGGAGACCAGACCUCGGCCAAGUUCUCGUCCCUGGGUGCCAUCAUCCAGGAAUUCAACGUGGACGGGCAGAACAUCGUUCAGGGGUUUGCCACCAAGGACCUUUACGAGAAGCACAAUUCGCCCUGGUUCGGGGCCAACAUCGGCCGCGUCGCCAACCGGAUCAAGGAUGGGAUCAUUCGCAAUCUCAAUGGUCGCGAGUACCAGUUGGAGAUCAACGACCCGCCCAAUGCUCUCCACGGCGGGAGUCGGGGAUGGGGCCGCUGUGAAUUCGACGGCCCGACGGUGCUGAGUCGCAAUGGCAAGGACACCCUGCUUUACACAUACCGGAGCCCGCAUGGCGAGGCCGGGUACCCGGGCACGGUCGAGCUGAGGGUCUUCUAUACGGCGAGUGAGGAGAUGGCAGCCGGCAAGACUGUGUCGGUGCUGAACAUCGAGUAUGAGGCCGAGCUGGUGGGCGACGAGUGUGAGGAGACGGUUAUCAACCUGACCAAUCACAGUUACUUCAACAUCGGUGGGGGCGCCACAACCGAAGGCACUAUUGCCAAACUCGCAACGCAAGAGUAUCUCCCUCUGGAAGGCGGCAUCCCCAGGGGCUCCAUCGAGCCCUAUCCCAGCAAUGUCACCGGGGAGUUCACCUUUGGCCCACACAACCAAUUUGACGAUGUGUUCGUGAUGGAGCGCGAGAUCGCCCGCGUGCCACUCGACACGCGCGGGCAGCCACUCAAGCUCCUGGCGGAGUUCCAGCACCCGGACUCGCGCCUGCAGCUGCAGGUACAUAGCACAGAGCCUGCCUUCCAGUUUUACACGGGCCAGGGCAUCGACGUGCCCGCGGUCGACGGGAACCCUAGCCGGGGCCCGUUUGCCGGCUUCUGCAUCGAGCCCAGUCGGUUUGUCAACGCGAUCAACGAGCCCGCGUGGCGGCACACGGUCGUGCUGAAGAAGGGAGCGAGGUACGGCAGCCAGAUCGUAUACAAGGCCUGGAGGGACCCGAGGUGAACUGCCGGCAGGACGGCACCGUCCGAAUCGGGUAAUGUCAUGCCAUUCAUGGAUACCCGAACUCGACCAUCUUCCUAUCAUCAGCGGCCGAUCGGUGGACCUUGGAUCUCGGCAUCAUGGAAGUAAAUAACUGUGUAUCUAGGGGAGAGGGACGAAGACGGUGCGGAAUAUUCUCCGUGCCCUUAUUCACCACUAGCCUUACAUAGAUAGCACUCACUUGUGUGCCUUUUGUUGCGUAAUCUUUUAGUCCCCUUGGCGCAAAUUUUGACGACACGUUUUCUGCCCCUCUGCUCUUGC